AUGACUGAUAGUCCGUUGAAGCGGAAACUGCAGUCGUGUGAGAAUACUCCGGUUUCUAUCUCCCCAUUCACAAUCGGUCACCGCGGAGGAGGCACACUCCAAUUCCCAGAAGAGUCGAUCCGGUCUCAAGAUGCCGGUGCGCGAAUGGGCGCCGGUAUCUUGGAAUGCGAUGUGGCAUUCACAAGCGACAGGGGAUUGGUGUGCAGACACGAUCUAUGCGAUCUACACCGAACAACAGAUAUCCUGCUCAGGCCCGAAUUAGCAGCAAAAUGUACCACGCCAUUCACACCAGCGAAUGCAACGAGUCCUGCGAAUGCGUUAUGCUGUACCUCCGACAUUACGAUCGAUGAAUUCACCACCCUCUGCAGCAAACAAGACGGCUUCAACGCCUCCGCCACAACCCCGCUCACCUACCAAGCCGGCACCCCCCUCUGGCGCACAGAACUCUACGACACCUGCGCACAGACCCUCACUCUAAACGCAUACAUCGACCUCGUAGACUCCUACCCCGGCUACCGCAACUUCACUCCCGAGUUAAAAACCCCCCCUUCCGCAGUCCCCAUGCCUUUCCAGGGAAACUACACUCAGGCUCAAUACGCGUCCGACAUGAUAUCUGCGUUCCGUCUGAAGGGGAUAAGUGCGGAUCGCGUGUGGCCGCAGAGUUUCUUGUUUGAGGAUGUGGUGUAUUGGAUUAACAAUGAUGAGGAGUUUGGUGCUCAGGCUGUGUAUUUGCAGGAGUUUGAUACGCCGGCUGAUCUUGCGGCUGGGUUUGCGAAUCUAUCCGACGCGCGCGCUGCGGGCGUGAAUAUCAUCGCGCCUUCCCUCCCCAUGCUGCUCUCCAUCGGCGGAUCGGAUAACAACACGAUUGUGGAAAGCGAGUACGCGAAAGCGAUUAAGGCGAAUGGAAUGGACAUUAUUGCUUGGACGUUUGAAAGGAGCGGGCCGUUGGCGAAUGUGAAGAGGGAUGCGGAGUAUUAUUUUGCGAGCAUUGCGGAUGUGGUGGAUCAUGAUGGACAGUAUUAUGAGGUGUUGGAUGUGCUGGUUAGGGAGGUGGGGGUCAAGGGGCUUUUUACGGAUUGGGCGGGGACUGUGAGUUAUUUUGCGAGUUGUUUUGGGUUGGAGGGGCCGGUGGGGGGGAGUUAUCGGUGA